UUGAAGGUUAGGUUUGAUAUUGCAAGAAGUGUCAAGCUUUGUGACAAAAUGAGUGAAUUUAAGCUUCAACAUUUGGUUGCAGAACUGUUAAACUCCUUAGGGGGGAAAAAUCCACCAGAAAAACUUGUGGAAGCGUUACAAAAAAGCAUCAGUAGUGGCACCGGUAAGGAAUGUUCCGGCUCGCAAGUGGCUAUCCAGAGUUACGUGCAACGUAUUGCCGAAGAUUUGAAAAACUCUGAACCAUUCCUGUUAAAGUUUGAAGACCUGAAGCAGAAAAAUGUGGAUUGUUUAGGGCCAUAUGUCCAGCUUUUGUAUCAGAUAUCGCAAGAUAGUGGCGUUAAAAGCUUGCUGGGGAGAAUGGACAAACAUUCGGAGCAAAAAACGGAAAUGACGCGAGACGAUUUACCACAAAUUAGGAGUCGAUUGCGGCGGGAAGCUCUCAAGCGCUCACAAAAAGAACUAAACUCGAGUAGUGUUCUUAAUACGACUGCUAGUCUCCCGAGGGCUAGCACGCCUUCUGUUACAUCUUGGGUCCAAAGACGGCCCACCUUAUCCUGGGAUUUUUCAACACAAAGUUUUAGUACUAUUAGUCCAGCUGUGCCGGCUAUAUCUCAAGAGAACAUCCUGAUUGAGGAUUUGUUAAGUGUAUUAAUUGGUAUUCCGGGCUGUUAUAUAGAAGCAGAGGAGUUGAACGAUGCAUAUGCACCCAGAACUUUCAAAAUAAAUGAUAAUGUGCCCCUCCCUCUGCAAGAAUUAGUCAAGCAAAUCUUGCCUAUCGCCAGUCAUUAUUCUCUAAUUCAGAGGUUUACUGAAGAAAAAAUGAGGUUUGAAUUUGGGCAAGUUAAUAAUGCGUUAGCCGAAGAAAUGAGCGCGAUUUUAAAAGAACAUUUAAUUUAUGUUACCCAACUUCAGGAUGAAUUUGAAGCUGAUAAUUUAAAUUUGCAAAAACUAUGGUUCUAUAUACAAAAGCGUUUACAGCCUUUUGGUAUUACAGCUAAUAUUGCAGCUACCAUCAGCAAGUCUGAUGCUAAAGGCGGAAAAGUUUUAAGUUUGCUUCAUGAUCAUAUAAUUGGAUCAAUUGGCGAUGAAAGAACCCAACAACGUUGUGUUAGUCUAAUGGAAGCUGCCUGUGUUCCAUAUAUGAAAAUGUUGGGAAUGUGGAUAUAUCGAGGAAUUAUUUCGGAUCCAAUCAGUGAGUUUCUGGUAAAGGAUAAUGAGGUUAUCCAGAAGGAGGACAUGCCUGUGGAUUACUCAGCGGACUACUGGGAUAAAAAAUACUCAAUAGAACGGGAGAAAAUCCCAAAAUUUUUAGAGCCCGUCUCCGACAUAAUUCUAAAAGCUGGGAAAUACUUGAAUGUUAUUAGACAGUGUGGUAAACCAGUAAAGAAUAAAAUCCGCCCAAUACUGUACAAAAUCGAGGAGAAGCAUUACAUUGAAGCAAUCGAAAAUGCGUACAAAUUUGCUAGCCAAACAUUACUAGAUCUAGUUGUGAAAGAGAAGGAUCUUUUGGGGAGACUUAAAUCCGUUAAGCACUAUUUUCUGUUAGACCAGGGCGAUUUUAUCGUAACAUUUUUAACUUUAUGUGAAAAAGAAUUAAGCAAAGAUGUUGGAGAUGUGAUCCAAGGGCGUAUCGAAUCUUUAAUGGACUUGGCUUUGAGAUUAUCAAGCGCUGUGAGUGAUCCCUACAAGGACGAUCUAAGGAUCGAGUUGUUACCCUAUGACUUGCAAUUUCAAAUGUUGAAAAUACUCACAAUUCAGACAAAUAUGGAACAAGAUUUUCGGACCACUUACGAGCGCCAAAAACUUCUCGUUAUUGAUUCUUUCUCGUUCAGUUAUGAAGUGCAUUGGCCCUUGUCUUUAAUUUUAAACAGAAAAUCUCUGGCGUGUUAUCAGAUGAUUUUUCGACAUUUAUUCUAUUGCAAGUAUGUGGAAAGAAUGAUCUGUCAAGUGUGGAAGUGUAAUAAAGUUGCAAAAAAGUUCCACUUUGACGAUGCACAGCAUUACAGAGCCGCCUUUGCUCUGCGACAGAGGAUGUUACAUUGUGUUCAAAAUUUGGAAUAUCACAUGAUGGUUGAAGUAAUUGAACCUCACUGGUGUUUGUUCUUACAGAAAAUUUCCAAGGUGAACAAUGUUGAUGAAAUAUUAUUUUGCCAUCGCGAUUUUCUGGAUAGCUGUUUGAAGGACUGUAUGCUCACAAUACCGCCGAUUCUUCGCACAGUUACGAAGCUUUUGUCAAUUUGCGUGGAUUUUUGCCAAUUUAUGCAGAGGACGCAGAAAUACUUUGUGGAAGCUGAACUUGGUUCAUUACCAAGUUCUAUGUAUGAAUCAUUUCAUCAGAACGAGAAAGUUUUCCAAGACAGUUCAAGUCACGCCUCCACAGCGCCCAGCUUCAAGGAAAGAAUUUCCCUCUUCGACGUGCAGUUUUCAGUCGCUUUAGUAAACCUGCUGGAUCAGAUUAAUAACUUGAACAAGGAUAGUAGUGAACACGACAGGCUCUUUAACUUAUUAUACAGGUUGGACUUUAAUUCGUUUUAUUCUGGCGAUUUCAUGAAGAAGGACUUUGGGAGCAUUAGAAUUGAAUCGUCGGGUUGAUUAGCUUAGUAUUAUUUGUUGUUUACAUUAUAUUAAGAUUUAUGUAAGAGACUAUGUAAGUACGUUUAAUAGAAAACUGGAAAUUUAUUAAUAAAAACACAAAACCGCA